AUGCUGGCUUCUGACCAGCUCAAAUGGAGCACCACGGUCAAAGUGAACCCACUCAACCUGUUGCCUGCUAGACGCAGCCCGCGAGCAAGCCUGCGGGUGGCGGGGCCGCCUUGGUGCCCUGUGGCCGCGCCUGAGGCGCACUCGCGCCGCUUUCCCCUCGCCUCGCCUCGCCUCGCCUGCCGGGGCGCACGUGGCAGCGCCGCCUGGCGCGCAGGGGCCGGAGAGGCAGCUGGGCGCGGGCCAGGGCAGGCCCCCGGGGCCGCCUCCUCCGCCCCCGCCCCCGCCCGAGCGGCGGACUUGGGCCCGGCCACGAGGGGCUGCCUUCCCCGGCCACAGGCACAGGCACAGGCGCGCGCUCCGUCCGUCCGUCCGUCCGUCCCCCGCGCCGAGAUGCGGCCGCCGCCGCUGCUGCCGCUGCUGCUGGUGCUGCUGGUGCCGGUGCUGCUGGCGGGCCCGGGCCGGGCCUGGGAAGCGCCCCCCGACUCCCCCGGCGCCAGCGAGGCCGGCGCCCUCCUCUUCGCGCACGACUACAACCGCAGCGCCGAGGCCGUCUUCUUCGCCACCGUCUCGGCCAGCUGGGCGUACAACACCAACCUCACGGCCGCCAACGCGCAGCAGCAGGUGGCGUCCUCAUUGGAGGAACAGGAGUUCAUACAAGCUUGGGGACAGAAAGCCAAGGACAGCUAUGGUGCUAUAUGGCAGAACUUCAGUGAUCCUCAGCUGAAGAAAAUCAUCCACUCUGUCCAAACGUUGGGGCCUUCUAAUUUACCUCUGGAUAAACGACAACUGUACAACACCAUCUUGAGUGAGAUGGACAAUAUCUACUCAACUGCAAAGGUGUGCCCCCCAAACCAGACCUCCAGCUGCUGGGCCCUUGAUCCAGAGAUAACAGACAUCAUGGCCACCUCUCGCAGUUACAGGAAACUGCUGUAUGCCUGGGAAGGCUGGCACAACGCAGCGGGCAGGCCUCUGCGGGCCAAGUAUGAGGAGUUCGUCUCACUAAGCAAUGAGGCCUACAGACUGGAUGGAUUCAAGGAUACUGGGGAUUACUGGCGCUCCUGGUAUGACUCACCCACUUUUGAGGAUGAUCUGGAGAACCUUUAUCAUCAGUUGGAGGAACUCUACCUAAAUCUCCAUGCUUUUGUCAGGAGGAAAUUGUAUGAGCAAUACGGCCCCAAAUUCAUCAACCUGCAAGGCCCCAUUCCUGCUCACUUACUGGGCAACAUGUGGGCCCAGCAGUGGAACAACAUUUAUGAUAUGAUGAUUCCUUUCCCAGACAAGCCCAAUCUCGAUGUCACCAAUACAAUGAGGCAAAAGAACUGGAACGCAACACACAUGUUCCAGGUGGCAGAGGAGUUCUUCACGUCACUUGGCAUGCUGGAAAUGCCACCUGAGUUUUGGGAGAGCUCAAUGUUGGAGAAGCCAAUGGACGGGCGGGAAGUCGUCUGCCACGCAUCGGCAUGGGAUUUCUACAACCGCAAAGACUUCAGGAUAAAGCAGUGCACAACAGUGACUAUGGAGCAGCUCUUCACAGUCCACCACGAGAUGGGUCAUGUGGAAUACUACCUGCAGUACAAGGACCAGCCGGUCACCUUCCGCAGCGGCGCCAACCCUGGCUUCCACGAAGCCAUUGGAGAUGUCAUGAGCUUGUCUGUCUCUACCCCUGGCCACCUGCAGAAAAUCGGGCUGCUCAGCCAAGUCACUGAGGAUGCAGACAGCGAUAUCAACUACCUGCUGAAGAUGGCCCUGGAGAAGAUUGCCUUCCUUCCCUUUGGCUACCUGAUAGAUCAGUGGCGGUGGAACGUCUUCAGUGGUCGCACCCCUCCCAACCGCUACAACUAUGACUGGUGGUAUCUCCGAACAAAAUACCAGGGGAUUUGUCCUCCAGUAGCAAGGAAUGAGACCCAUUUUGACCCUGGUGCCAAAUACCACAUCCCUGGCAACACACCUUACAUCAGGUACUUUGUCAGUUUCAUCCUGCAGUUCCAGUUCCACAAGGCCCUUUGCCAGGCUGCCAACCACACGGGCCCUCUCCACACCUGUGACAUCUACCAGUCCAAAGAAGCCGGAAGGAAACUCAGCGAGGCACUGAGGGCUGGAUCUUCCCAGCGGUGGCAGGACAUUCUCCAGCAGCUCACUGGCACCAGUCAGAUGGAUGCGUCAGCCUUGCUGGACUACUUCAGCCCUGUGACUCAGUGGCUGAAGCAACAGAACAGCCGCAUGAACGAAACCCUGGGCUGGCCAGACUUUGAGUGGCGUCCUCCCGUCCCAGAGGGAUACCCAGAAGGCAUUGAUAAAAUAGCUGACGAAGCCGUGGCCAAAGCGUUCUUGAUGGAGUACAACCUCACAGCGGAAGCCGUCUGGAAUGCUUACACAGAGGCCUCGUGGGCAUACAAUGUCAACAUCACAGACUACAACAAGCAGAUCAUGUUAGAAAAGAAUCUGGAGAUGUCGAACCACAUGCUCCACUACGGCCUGCAGGCGAGGCAGUUUGACCCCACUGACUUCCAGGAGCCCAGCAUCAAGCGCAUCUUGAAGAAGCUGAGUGACAUUGAGCGGGCAGCCCUGCCGGAAGAGGAGCUGAAGAAGUAUAAUCAGCUCCUCUCAGACAUGGAGACGACUUACAGUGUAGCCAAAGUCUGCAGUGGAGAAGGAGGCUGCAAGGCACUGGAUCCUGAACUUACAGACAUCAUGGCCCAGUCAAGAGACUACAAUGAACUCCUUAAUGCCUGGAAAGACUGGCGGGAUGUGUCAGGGAAAAAAAUCCGUACUCUGUACAAGACAUAUGUCAAUCUGAGCAAUACAGCUGCCCAGAUGAAUGGGCAUGCAGACAACGGCGCUUUCUGGAGGUCUCUCUACGAGACGCCCACAUUUGAAGCCGACCUGGAGAGGAUCUGGGAGCAGCUCCAGCCGCUAUACCUCAACUUGCACGCCUACGUGCGCAGGGCCCUCUACAAGAGCUACGGUGCUGAGCGCAUCAACCUCCGAGGCCCCAUCCCAGCCCAUUUGCUAGGGAAUAUGUGGGCCCAGUCAUGGUCAAAUAUUUUUGGGCUUGUUAUGCCCUUUCCUGAUGCUAUCAAAGUGGAUGCAACACCAGCUAUGAAAAGCCAGGGCUGGACCCCAAAGAAGAUGUUUGAGCAGUCAGAUAGCUUCUUCCGAUCCCUGGGCCUCAUCCCCAUGCCCCCGGAGUUCUGGAACCGGUCCAUGCUGGAGAAGCCAGCAGAUGGCAGGGAAGUGGUGUGCCACGCCUCAGCCUGGGACUUCUACAACCGCAAGGACUUCAGGAUUAAACAGUGCACUGUUGUGAAUAUGGAUGACUUGAUCACGGUGCACCAUGAAAUGGGGCAUGUGCAAUACUUUCUGCAGUACAGAGACCAGCCCAUCUCCUUCCGUGACGGGGCCAACCCUGGGUUCCAUGAAGCCAUCGGAGAUGUCAUGGCCUUGUCAGUGUCCACCCCAAAGCACCUGCACAGCAUCGGACUGCUGGAUCGGUGGGAAGACAGCCUGGAGAGUGACAUUAACUACUUGAUGAGCAUUGCACUGGAUAAAAUUGCUUUUCUGCCCUUUGGCUACCUAAUGGACCAGUGGAGGUGGAAAGUGUUUGAUGGGCGCAUCAGGGAUGAUGAGUAUAAUCAACAGUGGUGGAAUCUCAGAUUGAAGUACCAGGGUUUAUGCCCACCUGUGCCCAGAUCAGAAGAGGAUUUUGACCCAGGGGCAAAAUUUCAUGUUCCUGCCAAUGUCCCUUACGUCAGAUACUUCGUCAGUUUCAUCAUCCAGUUCCAGUUCCACCAGGCGCUGUGCAGAGCUGCUGGCCAUGAGGGUCCCUUGCACAAGUGCGACAUCUAUCAGUCCCAGGAGGCCGGAACAAUCUUGGGGAACGCCAUGAAACUGGGCUACAGCAAGCCCUGGCCUGAGGCCAUGCAAAUGAUCACAGGACAACCCAACAUGUCGGCAGAGGCACUAUUGACCUAUUUCCAGCCACUGACAAACUGGCUAAUCAGUGAGAACAUUAAGAACGGGGAAAACUUGGGCUGGCCUGAAUACACCUGGACACCCUUUGCAGGCCAAGAGAACAACAGGGUCCAUUUCCUGGGAAUGUCUUUGGACAGCAGCAAAGCCGCCGUGGGCCUGUGGGUCUUGCUUGCCCUUGGGCUGCUCCUCUUCGUGGCCACGCUGGUCUUGGGGGCCAGAUGCGUCUCCGACAGGAGAAGGACUUUCCAGUCCAAUCAGAUGGAGCUGAAAUGAGCGGGAGGCUCCCUGCGCCCCCCCCCCCGUCCUCUGCUGCACCUCUUGAGGAGUGGGCCAAGGGACUGUGGGAUGCGGCGUGAUUUUUCUGGGGUGUGAGUGUAUGUGUGUGUGCAUUCAAAGAAUGUGUGCAGAAGAGCACAUGGCUUGUGUGGAUCUCAAGGAUGACUAUUGUGUUUGUCUUCCCAUGAGGCUGUGAAUACCAGGUUGUGAGGGUGCCUUUGCAGAUACGCACACAGUGCCCGUCUGCAUAGGAGUUGUACAGCUGCCAGGCGUGCCUCUGAGUGGAUGCACUCUCUGACCUAGUUUGCAAGACAUGAAGUAUUUCUAUGCACAUGUAGCACAUAUCCAGCCUGUGUGUACAGCUGUAAGUUGCUGCCUUGUGUGUGCAGGGCAGAUGUGCUUACAAAAGCAUGGGACUCCCUUCUCCAAUUAGUAAACAAACAUCUUCUUAACUAUGCAAGAGCCAAAGCAGAGAACAUCAGUAUUUGGAAAUAUUUGGAUACUUGAAAGAAGAAGAAUGAAGAAUGGCAGAGUCAUUACAUUUGGGUUUAAGAAGAAGGGGCAUGGAAGUGCUCCUGAUUCCGAGGGCCUCCUAAGUUGUUGUUCUGUUUGCUAGCCAAAAGGAUUUCUUCUACCUGGAUUGUCCCAAAGCCAUCACUUGGGAAUGCUGCAGAAGCUCCGGAAGGAUGUGGGUGGGUUUGCUUCAGGCAGCUGUUUGGUGCAUUGAUGAAAAUUAAAAUGAAUCACAGUGACCCCAAA